AUGAGCUUUUGCGGUCGGAAAAGCCCUAUCUAUGUGUCUCUUGUUCCUUUCCUGAGUAAUGGAACAAGUUUCACCAACACCAAGGCAAACGAGCAUGACAUGUCGAUCAUUAAUAUCCGUGGUAGGGAGAGAGAUUUCGACCUUGACCGGAAUGGCUUCACGUAUGUUUCCUAUGCCUCACAGGAACGACCUCCGGAUACCAUCAAGGGCCCGGACGACCCCUACGUCAAAGAGAUGGCUGCGUUCCUGGAAAAUCAUCUUGGAGCAAGGUCUGUGACAGUCUAUGAUGGCAGCACCCGCAAAAUUAGCAGUCCUGAGUUUCUCCAAGCAUCUACUUACGCCCACAUCGGAAUCUUGGUCACAAUGAUAGAGCUGUUCGUGGUUUGGAAUAAUGUCGUUGGUGUGCACUAUUUGGGAUCUGCGGGCCAAUUAAUUCCAUUCAUAACUGGUGUAGCUGGUUUUGUAAGGGUCGAGAGCUUAUAUACAGACCUUCAUGGUUCUGUCCCCAAUCUUAGAGGGGUAGAUAGGGUUGUUUUCAUUGCUGGAGGUAGUGGUGGAAGUUUUACUGCUGGCUUUGCUGUUGAUCUGUUAAGAAAUCUUGGAGAUGAUUCGGAUACCACCAUUGAGUUCAUCUGGGUGAUUCGGCAUGCUGAAAUGCUCACCUGGUACGAAUCGCAGCUCGCUGAACUCUCCUCUUCGCCAAGAGUAAAACUCUAUCGCCACGUCACACAUCAUCCAUCCACCUCAAAGUCCUCCAUCGAUGGAGGUUCACAAUCUCCUCCUGAGAAAGCUCCGGUCCCGUUGGCCAACGAGAUGGUUAACAAUUUUCCAACGUCACCAACCUCCUUUUACGAUCUUGAGAAAAUUCUUCCUUCAGCCCAAGACCUUCCAUCUUCUUACGAACGAUACAGUCUUCUACCCGGUCGGCCCAACGUCUCAGGUCUGAUUGGCUCCUAUCUGGUGAAUGCGCAAAAGAGCGAGAGAUUGGCGGUCGUAGCUUGUGGGCCAAGUGCCCUGAUGUUGGAUAUGAGAAAGACUGUAGCUGAUAAUAUAAGCGUGGAAGGUCCGGCAUUAGAGCUACAUGGUGAGAGUUUUGGUUGGUAG